AUGAGACUGCACAGUCGCUUCAAGAAUCGUUUCGGCCAGGGUUAUAAGAUUGCUACUGCAUAUGUUGAACGUCUUACCAAGAUUCAGCCUGUGGCAUCAGAGGAUGCGUCAGCCCUGCAAAGAUUUUCAGUCAUGCUUACAAGUUGUAAGAACGCCUUAAAGGAAAUCGGGUACCAGAGCAAGAUAGAAAAUCUAGACACCAUGCAAAAGAUAGUUGAAAGGUUGCCCUUUGGUCUGAGACAAAAAUGGCGUGAGAAGGCGGACAGCAUCACCGAGGGUGAGAAACGAGAAGUUAGCAUUGAGGAUAUAGCCGAUUUUGUUGAAGCAAAGGCUAGUGGCCAACCAUCCAGUUCGUGGAAACGUUACGAAUAUUUCAAGGAACUUUGUUGA